AUGUCUGCCCAGAGGUUAAUUUCUAACAGGACCUCCCAGCAAUCUGCAUCCAACUCUGAUUACACCUGGGAAUAUGAGUAUUAUGAGAUUGGACCAGUUUCCUUUGAAGGACUGAAGGCUCACAAAUAUUCCAUUGUGAUUGGAUUCUGGGUUGGUCUUGCGGUCUUCGUGAUCUUUAUGUUUUUUGUGCUGACCUUGCUGACCAAGACGGGAGCUCCACACCAAGACAACACAGAGUCUUCAGAGAAGAGAUUCAGAAUGAAUAGCUUUGUGUCAGAAUUUGGAAGACCCCUGGAGCCAGAUAAGGUGUUUUCUCGCCAAUGCAAUGAGGAGUCCAGGUCUCUCUUUCACUGCUACAUCAAUGAAGUGGAGCAUUUGGACAGGGCCAAAGCUUGUCACCAGACCACAGCCAUAGAUAGCGAUGUCCAGCUCCAGGAAGCCAUCAGGAGCAGUGGGCGGCCAGAGGAGGAGCUGAACAAGCUCAUGAAGUUUGACAUCCCCAACUUCGUGAACACGGACCAGAACUCCUCCUUUGGAGAGGAUGAUCUUCUGAUUUCUGAACCACCUAUUGUUCUAGAAAAUAAGCCAGUUUCCCAGACUUCACAUAAAGACAUGGAGUGAGAAACAGGCUCUGUAAAGUGUCUUCCUGAAGUUGUGGGCUCUUUGUAUAACAGGAGAUAGCCAUUCACCACAGUUGUGUGUAUGAGGCAGAGAGAGAGGAAGAGAGAGAAUGAGAGUGAGAGAGAGAGAAAGAGAACUCCUCAGA